UUGCCAGCCCUCGAUAUUUAACAAAACAAAACAGAUUUAAAUGAGUCCAUGAAAUGUCCAGCCUACCAGGAACCGAGUCGCCUUCUAGUGAUGCUACAAUCUGGCGCCGUUGGUGCCGCCUUUGCGCCAAGGAUCAUCCCAACAACAGAAACGCUUACUAUCCGAAGGACGAAGGAGAAUCUUGGUCGAAUACACUGGCAAUGGCCAUUGGAAAGUACUUUUGGGUGGAUAUUAAACAGGAGGACGAGCUGAGCAAUCAUCUGUGCACCGAGUGUUUCACCUUGAUAGAGCGCCUUAUCGAAUUCUCAGAGAGAGUCCGCCGUGUUCAGACGCUUUUCAACAAGCUGUCAAACCUAAAUCCAGGAACCUCAGCAAAUUUUGAGAGCCUCCGAACGGAGUGCGGCUUGGUCUCCAGCGAGUGGAAGCAUGUUAUGUCCCGCGCAGUUGAGGAGUCGGAGCCCCUAAAGACCAGCGAUGGGGCUCGAAAACUAGAGGAGCUUGUCGCUGAGCUGGAGGUGGAGGCCUCUGAGGAAAUGGGAACUCUAGAUUACAUAGAAGACGAAGAGGAUGCACAUUUUGAAGAUGAAGAGUUCAAAGAGUCGGAGAUUAUUGAUAUGGAGGAGAACAUUAAAGCUGACGGUCAAGUGGCAAUGAAACCAAACGAGAGUGUUUCAGAUGAGGACGAAUUUUUGGAAGAUCUAGGCCUAAUAAUAGAGGAAGAUGAGGACGAGGAUGAGGAUGAGGAAGAGGAAGAGCCAUUGUAUGAACCAACCACAUACAAGUGUAACAUUUGCAGCAAAACCUACAAAAAGCACAAAGCCUUUCAACGCCACAUGGAAGAGAUCCACCACACACCACCGUCGGAAUCGCCGCAGCUCGAAUGUGAUCAGUGCGGUUUGAGCUUUAGUAGGGCUUCCCAGUUAAAUGCUCACUAUCGCACCCACCAGUCUAGCAAAGAGAAACAGGACAACUGCUGCCCGCACUGCAAUAAGAACUUCACCACGGUGGGCACGCUGAAGAGGCAUAUAGAGGGAGUCCACAAGCAGAUCAAGCCGUACGAAUGCGCUCUUUGCGGCAAGGGCUUCAAGUAUCUAACCGGACUCAAGGAGCACAAGCUUGUUCACACCGACGACUGCCCCUUCGAGUGCCCGGUUUGCCGCCGGAGGUUUAAGAACAAGGCGAGAUUAAAGAUCCAUUCCGACAUUCACAGCUCCAACAUUUACGAGUGCACCAUAUGUGGGAUGAAGCUCAAGACCCGCAGAACAUUCAACAAACACAAGUUGGUCCAUUCGGACGAAAGGCAAUUCAAGUGCGAUGUCUGCGGCGCCUCGUUCAAGAGAAGCAAGACCCUGAAGUCCCAUCUCAUUUUGCACACUGGCAUUCGACCGUACAAGUGCAACUUCUGCGGCAGGGACUUCUCGAAUGGAUCCAACUGCCGGUCGCACAAGCGGCAGACUCAUCCUGAGGAGCUGGCCGAAGAGGAGAAGAGGGGAAUAUCUCGGUCCACUCUCCUGCCCCUGAUGGACGAACUGACCAAGGCGUCCAAGCUCAUCAAGACCCCAGCCAAACGCAGCAAAGCGAAGAAAAUUGCCAGCAAAAGUCCAGUGCUGACCACCCCAUCCCCAUCAAAAAACCCGGAUGAUGUUAUCGUCUACGAGCUCGUGCAGGAGCUAGCCUUUUCCUAAGUAUUCCAGGCAGUCGCAAUAAAAAUACAACGUUUUACAUUUACAUGGGU